AUGCUAAACAAGAGCCGCAGCUUCGUUUUACUCUGCGCCUGCCUGUCGCUGGCGGCAGCGGAUGUGUCGCACUUGAGCAGCAGCAGCUACUUGCCGCCAGCCCGACCGGAACAAGUGGAGAGCAUGACCAUUGAGCAACAUGAGCUGCGUGAGCUGCCCGAACAAGUGGAGUAUAUGCGUCCCAGCGAGCUUGGCGCCAUGGAGCAGCAGCCCAGCAGCCAAUUGACGCCACCCGUAAUGUCAGAGGCGUCACAGAUGCUCGCCCAACGUUACUUGCCACCCGCAAUGACUCAGGCCCUGCCCAACCGCUAUCUGCCGCCCACACAGACACCACCCAUGAUGGAGGCGCCCAUGAUGAUGCCCGCUGCGCGUUACUUGCCACCCGCACAGCCCGCCAUGCCCGAAAUGCCUGCCACACGUUACUUGCCACCCCCAGCUGAGACCACACCUGAGCUCAUGAUGCAACCCGAGAUGCCAGAGCCAGAGCACGCCAUGGAUAUGAUGCCCACCAUGAUGCCAGAAAUGCAGCCACAAGCAGCGCCCGCCAAUCGGUAUCUGCCGCCCGCUCAGCAGCCAGAGCAGCCGCAGUUCAACUAUCAGCAGUACCAGGAGCAACUGCAACAAGAGCAACAGCAGCAGCAGCAGCAGCAGCAGCAGGAGCAACAAAUGCCCUACAUUCUGGAUGUGCAACAGCCACUCGCGCCCACGGACAUGGAGAUGCCCGCCUUUGAGCCACAGCCAGCACAUGAGCUGCGCAACGAUGGCUACCAUUACAAGGAGGCGCCUGAGGAGCUGCGUCUGCGCCACUGAAGACUCAACUCAGCGCUUUUGUUGUUAAAUGUAUAAAUUAGUAAUUAAUCGAGAGAUUAAA